CAGCUGAACUGAACUGAUCCGAGCUGUAAAACAGACCUCUCUCAACACUAACAAGUUUUCUCUCCUGAGUGUUACGCUGAAGACGGUAUGGCAGGCAGGAAGACGGUGUGUUGUGGUGUUUCUGCUCUGGAGGCCACGCUGGCCGUCCUGUUCAUCAUCAUGACAGUCGUGUGUGUGACACUGAUCGCAGUGAUGGCUACCCAGAAAACACACACAGGUCCGGAGCCGGAACCUCAACACAAGCCUUACCUGAUCGGAGUGGGCCGGGCUGACUGCACCGGGCCGCCUGCUGAAAUCCCUCUGAUGGGUUAUGCAAACCCUCAGCAGACGGCCGCAGGCAUACACACUCGCCUGUACAGCCGAGCCUUCAUCAUUGACGACGGGAAGCAGAGGGUCGUGUUCGUAACCGCAGACAUUGGAAUGAUAUCACAGAGGCUACGACUGGAGGUACUGAAGGCAUUGCAGCUGAAAUACGGGAACCUGUACCGUCAGGACAAUGUGGUUCUGAGUGGUACUCACACACACUCUGGACUGGCUGGAUAUUUCCAGUACACUCUGUUUAUGAUCAGCAGUAAAGGUUAUAUUAAGACGUCCAUCGAGCCGCUGGUCAACGGCAUCGUGAAGAGUAUAGACAUAGCCCAUGCUACCAUAAAGCCAGGCAGGAUUUACAGGAGCAGAGGGGAGCUGGAUGACAGCAGCCUGAACAGAAGUCCUCAGUCCUACCUGAACAACCCAAAGGAUGAAAGACACAGGUACAAGUGGAACACGGAUAAACAGGUGUUGGUGCUGAAGUUCACUGAUCUGGAUGGAGACGGAAUCGGUAUGCUCAGCUGGUUCGCCGUCCACGCCGUCAGCAUGAACUACACCAACCGCAUGGUGAGCAGUGAUAACAUGGGCUACGCCUCCUACCUGCUGGAGCAGGACAAGAACCCCGGGGAUCGACCUGGACAGGGAGGGUUUGUUGCUGGUUUCUCCUCCAGUAACCUCGGCGAUGUCAGUCCGAACAUCAAAGGACCUCAUUGUGUGAACACCGGAUUGCCCUGUGACUACCUGAACAGCUCCUGUCCUGUGGGAGGGACUAAGAUGUGUAAAGCGUUUGGACCUGGAGACGACAUGUUCGAGAGCACGAGGAUCAUCGGACACAACAUCUACAGGAAGGCCAAGGAGCUGUAUGCUAACGCAGUGGAGGAGGUGACGGGCUUUGUUCACUCUGCUCAUCAGUGGGUCAACAUGACAGAUGUCACAGUUCAGAUCAACGACACACACACGGACAGAGUGUCGGAGCUGCCCGUCGGCCCGCAGCCUCCCUUCUUUGAGAAGAACCUCUUCAAUCUGCUGUCUGCGGCGACUGUUGACAGAAAGCCAGAGAACAGCAGCUUUGGAGAAGUCCUGCGGCAGGUUUAUCCUGUCUAUAGACAGGGUGAUGUUGUCUCUGUCACGUUCGUAGCAGGAAACCCCAGACAUUCUGGAGACAUCAGAGAUAAAACUUUUGUAACUGUGGAGAUUUAUGACAACAGAACAGACUCCUGGGAGGUCGUCUACAAUGAUGCAUCAUGGGAGACCAGGUUUCACUGGCUGAAGGGUUCGAACCGGCAGAGUAACUCCACAGUCGAGUGGCACAUUCCUCCAUCAGCCCCAAGCGGCUCCUACAGGAUCAGACACUUCGGACACUACAAGGAGAUGAAAGGUCUGCGACCCGUCAUUACCCCGUACGAAGGCACAUCCGACGUCUUUAGAGUUGCCGCCAGCUUCUACUAUCAGUGAAAUCACCAAGAUCAUCACCAUAAAGAAUUGACUUUAUGUGACAACUCAGGUGUUUCCUGAAACUGUUUUACAAACUAACCGCAUC